AGCCAUCUGCAGCCAUGUUGUUGAAACCUGGCUCCUCCAGCAGCAGCAGCAGCAGCGCUGUCAGCUAACGUCAGUGGACACCAACAACCGGGCAAGGCGCUGUUGUGGACCACAACUGACUGAGAGAGGACCCCCAAGCGCCGAACCGGUUCUGAUACCGACGGAUAUAAAUGGUACAUUAACCGCUCCUGGCUGGAUAAGGUGAGCAGGUUCGGAGACAAGGAGCGGCCGGAUUUCUGGGCUGAAGCGGAGAUUUCCAGAAUAUCUUAUUAUGCGGAAUAUGACGGCCAGUUAGCCCCAGCAGGACCGUCCAAGUCAGGCAUGGCAUCGUCUUCCUACCUGGAGCCCAGCCUCAAUCACUCAGCAGCAGGUGGUUGUGGGGUUAAAUCCCGGCCAGGAAUGCCCGGAGCCCCCGGCACUAGUGGCUCUGCUGGAGGACUGGAACGGCCUCCAGGGUCCAUGGACCGAGUUCUUAAGAUCUUCCAUUACUUUGAGACAAACAGUGAACCAAGCACCUGGGCGAGUAACAUCAGACAUGGAGAUGCUACGGAUAUCCGGGGUGUUAUCCAGAAGAUAGCAGAGAUCCACAAGUUGCGCUGUGUGUCUUCUUUGGGCCUCCGUUUGACCCAUUUGCACUCUGAUGUUCUCCACUGGUUACAUCCAGAUCUGGGCGUGUCGCAUGUCAGAGAGAGAUAUGAGAAACAGCAUCCACAAGAAGAGUGGCGGUAUGAGCUGCGGAUACGGUACUUUCCUAAAGGUUAUCUCAGCCAUUUCUCUGAAGACAAACCUUCUCUCAACUACCUCUAUCACCAGGUGAAAAGUGACUAUAUGCUACAUUUAGCUGACCAGGUGGAUCAAGAUGUUGCACUGAAACUAGGCUGUUUGGAAAUAAGGAGGUUCUUCAGAGAGAUGCCAGGCAAUGCUCUUGAUAAGAAAUCAAACUAUGAGCUACUGGAGAAAGAUGUUGGUUUGAGAAGGUUCUUCCCUAAAAGCCUGGUGGACUCCCUAAAGGCAAAGACUCUUCGUAAGCAAAUCCAGCAGACCUUCAAACAGUUUGCUAACCUCAACGAUGAGCAGAGCAUCCACAAGUUCUUUGAGAUAAUAUCUCCCAUCUACCCCUUUGACAAGGAGUGCUUCAAGUGCGCUUUAGGGUCUAGCUGGGUAAUAUCAGUAGAGCUGGCUAUUGGACCAGAGGAAGGAAUCAGCUACCUCACAGAUAAGGGCUCAACUCCAACACACUUAGCUAACUUUAACCAAGUCCAGUCCAUCCAAUACUCUGCUUUGGAAGAAAAGGAGAGGAAAGGGAUGCUUCAGCUGAAUGUCGCUGGAGCUCCAGAGCCCCUCACUGUCACUACAGCAUUGCUGAACACGGCAGAAAACAUGGCUGACUUGAUUGACGGUUACUGUCGUCUCGUCUCCUCGGUUACUCGCUCCUUCAUUGUUAGAGUUCAUAAAGAGGGGGACCGAGCUCUGCCUUCGAUACCAAAAGUUUCAAACCAUGAGAAGCGGAUGGAGAAGCGGAUGGACGGGGUUCGCACCCGGGCCGUUUGCGUGUCAGGUCACAUUAGUGGCGAUGAAACGGACGACUAUGCUGAGAUCAUAGACGAGGAGGACACCUACACCAUGCCUUCGAAAUACUAUGGACUAGAUCAAGCACGGGACUACGAGAUUCAGCGGGAUUGUAUUGAGUUGGGGCGCUGCAUCGGUGAGGGUCAGUUCGGAGAUGUCCACCAAGGAGUCUACAUCAACCAAGAGAACCCAGCUCUGUCUGUGGCAGUGAAGACGUGUAAGAACUCAACGUCAGACAGCGUCAGGGAGAAGUUUCUGCAGGAAGCAUUGACCAUGCAUCAGUUUGACCAUCCUCACAUAGUGAAGCUGAUGGGAGUCAUCACAGAGAAUCCAGUGUGGAUCAUCAUGGAGCUCUGCACGCUCGGGGAGUUACGGUCAUUUCUCCAGGUUAGGAAGUACAGUCUAGACCUGGCCACUCUCAUCUUGUACUCUUACCAGCUCAGCACAGCGCUGGCGUACCUGGAGAGCAAACGCUUUGUACACAGGGACAUUGCAGCACGAAAUGUGUUGGUGUCCACAGUGGACUGUGUAAAGCUGGGGGAUUUCGGUCUUUCCCGAUACAUGGAGGAUAGCUCCUAUUAUAAAGCAUCUAAAGGUAAAUUGCCCAUUAAAUGGAUGGCUCCAGAAUCCAUCAACUUCAGACGGUUCACUACGGCCAGUGAUGUCUGGAUGUUUGGCGUCUGCAUGUGGGAGAUCCUGAUGUACGGCAUCAAGCCUUUCCAGGGCGUAAAGAACAACGACGUCAUUGGCAGGAUAGAGAAUGGCGAGCGACUAGCCAUGCCCCCUCAGUGCCCUCCUACUCUGUACAGCCUGAUGACAAAGUGUUGGUCGUACGAUCCCAGCAAAAGGCCACGCUUCAAUGAACUUAAAACACAACUCAGCACGAUAUUGGAGGAGGAGAAGGUCCAGCAGAAAGAGAGGAACAGGAUGGAGAUGAGACGACAGGUCACCGUUUCUUGGGACUCAGGAGGGUCUGAUGAAGCUCCACCUAAACCAAGUAGACCAGGCUAUCCCAGUCCCCGCUCUAGUGAAGGUUUCUACCCCAGUCCACAGCAUCCUGGACAUUACCAGAUGGCAGCAUAUCCAGGCCCACACACCCUCCCCUCUGUGCCCAGCGCCCUGUAUCCUCCACAGGCCGCCAUGGUGGACACACACCACGCACACACACACCCUCGCCACCACGUCCACACACACUCGCACGCACAGCUUCUUCCUCAGCUGCAUGGGACGGACAUGGCACUUUGGGGCUCAGCAGUGGAGGACAGGGCAGUAGACAUGCAGCAGUGUGUAGGCCAGCAGUGCCUGUUAAUGGAGGAGCAGCUGAUGAUACAACAGCAGCAGAUGGAGGAGGAUCAGAGGUGGCUGGAACAGGAGGAAAGGCUGCUGAAACCAGACACAAGGAGCUCUAGAGGGAGUCUGGAAAGAGAAGAAAGUGGACUCCACCCCCCGACAGGAAACCAGCACAUUUACCAGCCUGUUGGCAAGUCAGAACAUGUGGUCCCCCCCAAAAAACCUCCUCGACCGGGGGCCCAGAGCCAAGUGGGAAGUCUGGGUUGUCUAAACACUGGAGACUGUUACAACGAUGGUGUGAAGCCCUGGCGGCUGCAGCCUCAGGAAAUAAGCCCACCCCCCACGGCCAAUCUGGACCGCUCAAAUGACAAAGUGUAUGAGAAUGUGACCGGAUUGGUCAAAGCUGUGAUCGAGAUGUCCAGCAAGAUUCAGCCAGCUCCUCCAGAAGAAUACAUCCCGAUGGUCAAGGAUGUGGGUCUGGCUCUGAGGACGUUAUUAGCCACAGUCGAUGAGACUCUACCUCAACUUCCAGCCAGCACGCACAGAGAGAUCGAGAUGGCCCAGAAGCUGUUGAACUCUGACCUGGCAGAGCUAAUCGGAAAGAUGAAGUUAGCCCAACAAUAUGUGAUGACGAGCCUCCAGCAAGACUACAAAAAGCAGAUGCUGACGGCGGCUCACGCUCUCGCCGUCGACGCCAAGAACCUCUUGGACGUCAUCGACCAGUCGCGGCUGAGGAUGAUGGCCCACUCCCGCCCCCACUAGCUCCCGCAAAAAGAGACUGAGCACCUCUACGGCUUCUGUUGGAGAACUAAAGACUCGUGGGUACCUUAUGUGGGUCAGUCCUCAGAGGAGACAGAAACAGCAGCUAUUACACUCACGGAGUGAACAAUGGCGGCGCUCUGGUUUAUUCACUUCCUUCAAUCCUACUUUAACCACUGUGACUUUAUUGAAUAAAAGAUCAGAGCAAAAACACUUCCUGAAUCAGAGACCUGGCUGCUGCCCUGGCAGAGAGAAUGACAUUAAUGGAUUUUUUUUUUUUUUUUUAUGGGAUCUGAAGGUUUAAUAGAUAUAAAAGCUUAGAAUGAUAUCAAACACUAUCAUGGGAGGGGGGGGUCUUAAGCUGCUGCCAUAGCGUGGGGGUUUGGAUUGGACUGUGAUAAUCUGAAACAGAUCUCUGUGAAACCUAACAAGGAAUGGACUUCAGCCAGCAGCCAUCUCUGUGUGUUUGGCUCAAACACAUUCAGCUAGAACAGAAACCUGGCAGAUCACACCUUGGAUAUUUUCUCUUCUGAUUCUGUCCCAGACUUUGCUUUAUAUGGACAUUUCAGCAAGACUGGGUUUGCUCUGGAACAGCAGCCUUUAGUCUUCUCCUGUGUUUCCUCUGUCUCACCAGCUUUUAUUUAUAAAUUCAAAUUACAGAGGAGACAGAGGGAGGAACAGGAAUUUAACAUUCAGAACUUUCUGGAGAAACUGCACACUGUCCUCUUCCUUCGUCUCUGUUUGACUCAUGGUCUUCCUCCACUCCUCUCUGAGCUGGUUUUAAAGACUCUAAAUGUGAAGAAUUCAAAUCUGUCUUGGUGACACACCCCACUUCCGGGGAACUUUGUCUACUCUUUUCUUUUUGUUGGCUGGCUCCAUGUUUUUUGUAUUGUUUUUAGCAGUGACGGUCUUCUUAUUGUAACUUCAAUCCCAGGAAAGAGGGAUGAUCCAAAAUUGUGAAAUAAGUUAGACUAUUUAUGUACGUAAGGCAUCUACUCCUCUCUAUUCUCUCGUGAUAUUUACUCCCACUACAGCUGUUCCUCACAAGAAAACCCAGGUUGCACCGUCCUGUGUCCGAUCAGCCUUCGGUGACACCAAACCUGCAAUUUGCUGGGCCAGAACAAAACCCACAUCUGGAACCUUUGUGAAAUCCAUUGUUUGUCAGGUGCAACACUUUAAAAAUGCCCCUCCUAGCAACGGUCUAUAGGUAAACAAACAACCAUGAGAAAAUGUGGACUGAUCACCUGCAGUGUGACGUACAUCCUGGUCACCACGCUGGUGUAGCAUGCUAUACUGGCAAGGAGAAGAGCAUAUUUGCACAGCACCUAAAAGGAAAAACACUUUUUUGUUGGAUUUAAUCCAAAUGAACCCAGAUAUUAUUCUCCUGUUUAACCAGCAAUGAAACAUCAAACAUCUGGGUCCAAUAUGGGUUAAAAUACUUCAAAACACACGCAUAUAAAAUGAAAUCAACAAAAACAAUCUAUUUUAUCUCAGUGUUGUGUAAUUCUACUCAUGUUGGUAUAUUGUAAGCUAUACUGGUGUGUAUCACUGAUGAAUUGUACAGAAGCCGUAAUAGUAAACACUGGUUUUUAUUUUGUCUUCUUCGCUGAAUCUGCCAUCUUGUUAAAUAGAAGAAAAAAUAAAAAUAAUGUUGAAAUGAAAA